AACAAGUGAUCGUCAGCAAGUGCCACCUCUAAAUUCCAACAAUUUUCAGUGUUUACGUUUCGAGAUAAAAAAAAAUUGGAAAACUUGCCUAAAAAACGCCAUUAAACUGCGACGAUCAUACAUUUAUUGUGCAUUUGUAACGUUUUACAUUGAACGCGGCCACGUGUAGCAGGUGAAAAUCUCCCGCUGUGGGGCAGAUGCAUGAAAACUAGUGCAAACGCAGCAAAGACAGUCGUCGCAGUUGCACACAGAAACAAAUACAACAAAGUUGACACCCAUUUCGCGGCCAUGCAAAUCGAUGCGUUUAGGCUUAAUACCGCCUAAGUAUGCUGCUCAGUGAGACCCACUUCUGGACGACGCUGCGAGAUGAGGUGCGCAUCAAGAGCAACGACUUGGGCGCCUUUCGCUACAUGCGCCAGAAGGAGCAGGAUCCGGACUUGACGGCGCUGGCCAAGCGAGACUACACCGAGCGGCGCAAUGGUCUGGCCGUGCUGAAGAACAGCAGUCGCAAGUCGGCCGGCCGCCUCAAGGAUAAUCUCAAGAAGCUGGAGGAUCUGCUGCGCCAGCACAAAGUGAUCCAUUCCGAGUGGCAGGAUGCGGCACAGGUGCUGCUGCUCUUUGCCAAUGGCAUCAUUGCGCACAUUUGUGUGGACAUCUACACGGGCGACAUACUGCGCAUGGUGUUUGAGAAGUAUUUAGUGGGAAAACUGGCUGCCGAGAUCAUUACCGAUGCAUUUUUUACACGUUCCCACAUCGUCUUGGCCUACAAUACGAACCAGCUGACGGUGGUGCAUCUGCAGCGUCCCAAUGCACGUUCGCAGGGGCCGGAGAAGAUUGCCAACAUGGAUCCGCGCAUAUUUCAUGUAAUCAUACCAGGUGCCACGGAGCGUAAGCUGUCACGCCAUCUAACCGUGAACGGGAGCUACGAUUUGUUUGUGGUGUGGACACAAUCCUCGCAGAACGAAGUGUAUCCCUGGCGACCCACGGUGCGGGAUCAGGAUCGUGCCAACAUACAUGUGUUCAAAAUUAAGGGCUUGCAGCUGGAAUCGAUGGCCUAUUGCUGGUCGGAAAAUGAUCCACUCUGCGUGGAUUUUCUGCGCAGCAGCGAGAGCCAAAUCAUCACCUUGGAGCAGAAAGUUUCGCGCAAGGGUGAAAUCAGCGCCGAAAUAUGUUCCUACGAGCUGGCCACUGGCAAGAUGCAGCGCACCGCAAUUACCUCCAUACCAAUGGGUGCUCAAAUCUGUUCAUUCGCCUUCAGUCCGGAUCAGGAGAAGCUCUUCUUGGGCAGCAUUGAUCAGAACAUUUGCCUGCACGAUCUGGUACUGCAGACCACCAAGUAUGUGAAUCAAAUUGAGAUUGUGCCCCAUCAGUGUGCCUGGCACUGUGACUCGGCCAUGCUGUGCGUGGCCAAUGAGCGUUCGGUGCUGCAGUGCUUCGACCUGGCACUGGCCACCAUUGGCCAUCAGUUGGUCAGCGAGAACGUGACGCCACUGAGCCUGCUCGACCUCUCGCACUACUUUGUCGCACAGCCCACGCUGCUGAAUAUUGCCUUCAGUCGGAAGCCAGAUCUAAGCAGCUUCACGCACACCUACGCCCAGACAGACUGCCUGCUGCUGCUGAUCUACGAACAGGGUCCGCUGGCUUGCAUGCGCAUCUUCGGCGGCGCUGGCAUGCGCGGGGAUAUACACAACUCCGGACUGACGGCGGAUGUCAUAGCGGACAAAUACUUGCGACUGCAGCAGCCGGAUCGAGCUGUCAAUGUGCUGGCGGCACUUAACUGGGAAACCUACGGAGCCAUGUGCCUCAUAACGCUACACAAAAUCGCCAACUAUGUCUUCUUUGGCGGUGACCAACGUCGGCCGCGCAUAGAGCUUAUGGCCAGAGCUUUGAAGACCUUCGCGCACACGCUCUCCGAGGAAACGAAGGAUGAGUUCAGUGAUCAGGUGUACGAUCUGAAGCGACGUUUUUGCUUCUUUCUGCUGCGCAAAAAUCUGUUUGCCGAGGCCUUUGAAAUCGCUCAGGAUGUGGCGGACUACGAUCUGUUUAUGGAUCUGUAUAAUCUAACCAAGUGCAUUACCAGUCUGGGUGAAUUUGCUCAGGUGUCGUUCAGUCAGGCCGCUGCCAUAAUUCAUGAGGAAGAUCGCGCCAAUGGCAAUCUGAGCUUGACCUGUGAUCUGCGCUCGGAAUCGGCCUGUUCGCAGUCCACCUGCUCGGAGCUGUUGCGCACUGGCCAGGGUCAGCCGCAGGCGCUUAAGAAUUAUGUGCCACCUCUGCCCUCGUUCAAGUCGAAGAUUUUCAAUGCCGAAAUGAUUAAGAUCAACAUACCCAAGCCAGAGCUGCGGCCACCGCUGCCCAAGUUGAGCAUUGCCCCAAGCAACUCUCUGGCACUUCUCUCACUGAAAAGCGGCAGCCAGCAGCACCAGACACCAAUGAAAAGCGUCCAUUCGAAUGGCAAUGUUUGGUCCCAGGAUGUACCAGAUCAAACGGUUGGCCUACCCAUGCCCAGCAGUCCGCCGCCUCGUCCGCAGGCUCACCCUCAGCUUCAGCCCCCUCCAGCCAUCUCUGAACAGAGCUCACAAUUGGGUCUGUUCAAUGCCCCACCACCAGCGGCGGCCGCCUACCAGCCGAAGUUCUAUCAGCAUCCACUUGUGUCUGGCAACAUACCCGCCAUGCUGCCCACCGUGUCCAGUGAGGAAUAUCAGAAGCGUUUGCUGCUCAAGAAGCCAACAGCUUCGAUACUGUCCAAUCCGGCUGCUGCGCCUGUCAAUGGCGAAGCGGUCACGCCCAGUGCCAAGUCUCAAACGGCGGAGAAGAACAAGGUCAAGUUCUCGGAUACAAUACAAGUGGCAGUGGUGCCGGAGAUUCCACGCAAGGAGAAGCCAAUGCCGCCGAAGCGUAAUGGUUACUCCAGACCUGCAGCACGGCAUCUGACUAAUCCGAAAAAGGAGCUGGCCGACAGCCUGCCACUCUGUCAUCCACAUGAUGAUUACCUAAAGGAUUUCAAUCCAAUCAAUACAAACGUGACCAAACCGCCAACGCGUCGCCGCGAGGAUGAACAGCAGAAGCAGAGCAGCCAGAGUAAAAAUGCCAGCGCUGCCUCCUCUUCAUCAUCGUCCAUUAAGGUGGUGCAUUUUGGCGUGGUCUAAACGAAUAAUUCAUAGUGCAAUUCCCUAAGUUUAUACAUCAUACUAUCGUAGAGUUUCCGUCUUCCAAUCGUUUGUAACUAUUGCCGUCCAACUUAGUGCAAAGCUUUAAAAUUAGGAAAGUUUUUUUAUGCAUAAGUUCUUCUCUGUACGCAUUAAAUCUUAGCAUUAAAUGUUUGCCAAAUUGUC